UUUUGUGUUAGUAGCACCUGAGCCGCUGUCUCGCCCGAGCGUCCCGUGUUUUUUACCUCGCCCGCCCGCAAUGUCAGUGCAUAUUUUCAACCGAGUUCGGUGAAGAGUGUUUUUCUUUUCCCCCGCUCCCGCGCGGAUAAGUGAUCGUAAGUUCCAGUGUGCUUCUCGCCUCACCCGUCGGUGAAAUGGCAUAAGUGGUGGUCCAGCAGUGUGUCAUAGUGUGUUGUGUGUCCUGAUCUAUGAGGAAUGGUUCUUUUCGACGCGCUCUCACAAUUGGAUACUUCCUCAGAGACGUGUUAGAAGUUUCAAAGCCUGAUGGUUGACAGGUGUUUUCAGAAUGCGAGAAGAAGAUCUGGAGAUCGCCCUCAAGGUGGUGAUCGUGGGAAACGGAGCAGUAGGCAAAUCAAGUAUGAUUCAGAGGUACUGCAAAGGCACCUUCACCAAAGAUUACAAAAAGACCAUAGGAGUAGACUUUCUAGAGAGGCAGAUAGAAUGCGAGGGGGAGGAUGUGCGAUUGAUGCUGUGGGAUACGGCAGGACAAGAAGAAUUCGAUGCCAUUACCAAAGCUUACUACCGCGGGGCUCAAGCCUGCGUUUUAGCUUUUUCCACCACAGAUCGCGACUCAUUCGAAGCCAUCCACUCCUGGAAAAUGAAGGUGGAGGAUGAGUGCGGAGAUAUUCCGACAGUUCUAGUUCAAAAUAAAAUUGAUCUUAUAGACCAGUGCCUCGUAGAACCGGAAGAGGCAGAACUCUUAUCCAGAGCACUUGGCUGCCGACUAAUACGGACUUCAGUCAAAGAAGAUGUAAAUGUGAAUCAAGUAUUUAGGCAUUUAGCAUCAAGGUGUUUAGCAGAACUAAGAGAAGAGGAUCAGGAUUAUGCUUACUCAGGAAAUGGUCUCCAUCCUUUAACUAUUAAUGCUUUUGGGCCAACACCAUUGAAUAGCAAAAACCACCACAGUAAUGGGACCAUCAAACUUAAAUCUGGCAAACACCGGAACAGAAAGAAAAGAAACAUAUUUAGAAAUUCAUGUAGAAUUCUUUGACAACUGACUGAGAUGCUUCAAAUUUUCAAUGAAUAAAAGUGUAAAUACGUAAAGUGCUUGAUAGCUUUAUGAACUCCUUCGAUCAGGUAGUCUUGUAAAAAUUAGGUAUUUUUUUGAAAAUUGACUUGACUCAAAAACUAAUAACAAGUGCCACAUGUAUAGGUAUGCAUCAAAGCGCCUAAAUAAAGUGUUCACGGAUGAGACCUUUUGUGUACUUGUUUGAUGACUGUCAAUUUAAGAAAUUCAACAUCUGACUUGCAUAAAUCUUUCCUUUACAAUUUUGAAGGAGGAUCAUGUCUAUGUUGCCAGAGGUAUCAUCAAGACCAUGGCCAAUUGAGAAAAUAUUUAUUCUGGUUAAGGUGAAGUCAAAAUUGUAGGUAUGUUGCCUAAAUUACCUUUAAAAACUUGGGUUCUUCGAUAAAUUGUUCGUCUCACGUUAAAAACCUUGCCAUAUUGUCUCAAUGAAAAACUAGAACAAGCCUCAGUGUAUCUAGACACUUUUUUUACAGUUGAUGGAGAAGGAAAUGUGUGGGGAAAAUGCUUUGGUCAGUUUUGGAUGUACUGAAUUGAACAUCUUUAAAUUACUCAAAUUAAGCAACCCACACAAUUUCUUGACCAACCAUUGUGAAAUUAAUACUGUUGAAAUUUUGCAGUUACUACAGAUUUAACAAGCGAAUGGAUGUUAGAGUGCAAUUCAAUACUUUUUGGUGAGAUAUUUAAUAAGUAGUGAUAACAGUUUUCAAGUGUCAAACUCAGUAAACUUCUUCACUGAUACAUUGAAAAAUCUAAACUUUUUCUUUAGAUUCAAUGGUGUUUCCUCAAGUGCUUCCAUUAUAAAUAAAAGGGAAAACUUUCAGUCUGUUCUGAUGGAGUGACGGGUCCACAAAUUAUGUGAAUACAGUGUAUAUUUUUUUCCUAUUCCAAGUCCCUGUGAUGAGAAGUCCUAGUUGUUAUGUAGGGACAUAUCUCUUUCUUUGAUGGAUGACUGAGAGAUCUCUUCAAGGGAUAAUAAUUUCUUCAAAUAAGUAUAUGUACUACAAUACGUAAAGAAAUUUUGUAGUUUUUCUUUUUUUUUUCAUCUGCGUAAGUUAAUUUUUGUUUAAAUAUAAAUAAUUUGAUCUUGUUUCAA